AUGGCGUUCAGGCUGACGGAAAACGCCGCCGUCGUGGCCAUCUCGGCCGGCAUCGGCCUGUGCACGUACGCGUCGCGGGGCGGCGCUGCUGAGCCAGGCGCCGACGGCGGCCCGGAUAGCACCGUCACCAUGACGAUCGGCGUGGCGCUGCUCACCUCGGCGCUCCUGCUGUCAGCCCGACUCGGCAUCUAUCAGGAGGUGCUGUACACCACCUUCGGCAAGCACUCGCAGCAGGCUCUCUUCUUCACGCACGCGCUGCCGCUGCCCGGCUUCCUGCUGCUAGCUUCCGACAUCGGCCACCACGCGGCGCUGUUCUCGGCGUCGGAGCCGCUGGCACUGCCGCUGCUGCCGGUGGCCGUUCCGCGGCUCUGGUUCUUCCUCGCCUGCAACGUGGUCACACAGUAUCCUUUUGGCAUGGAGGCGUGUCCGCAUGACGUGUUCGUGUCUGUCAGUGCAGCAGGCAUACAGCACACUGAUGUUGGUGCAGAUUGCUUGAGGCAUUGUUUUGCAGACUCUGGCGUAAAUUGA